AUGAACGCCCUCCCACUACCAGGGGCAGACCUCGACGCGACAAAAGCCGCAUCAUCCCCCUUCGCCUUCGAUGAAAGAAUACUCUCCUCCCACCUCCAAAAACGCUACACCACCAUCUCCAUUCCCGCCACAUACGCGAGCCUAAACUCCGGCCCUAGACCCGGCGUAGUCGUAGGCAUCGUCCUCGGCACCGUGGGCGGCGUCUGUCUUUUACUAUACCUGACCUUUAUGGCCUUGAACCCGGGCGGCUUGGCGCGCGGUGGAUCCUCAAUCACCGACGAAGAAGUGGUUGUACGCAGCCGGCGCACACCAUCGCGAAGCCGCAGCGAAGUGAUCGAAGUUGUCGAGGAGCGGGAUUACCGCCGGCGGCCGCGGCGUGACCGCGAUCGCGUCGUCGUUGAGGAGUCUACGACCGAGACGGAAACAACCCACGAGUCUCGUGAUUUUAUCGAGGUCGUUGAGGAGGAGUCUUCGGGGUUGUCGACUAUGUCACCGCCACGUAGGCCGAAGAGUUAUCGGUCUGGGAUUCGCAGGGUCGAUCCUCACGAGUAUGGUGGUGGUGGAAGCUCGCGUGGUAGUUUCUACUGA